AUGGACAACCAACCGAGUGUAACGCAGCAGCUGUUUGGCUGGGUAAGGAAAAACAAAUACUCGCUAGCUGGCGCCACCUUCGUCGCCAGCAUGGUCGGUUCCUUUGUGAUGGUCGGUCGCAACCCGCAUCUGACGAGCAAACAAAAGAUCGUGCAGGCUCGUGUGUAUGCGCAGGGUCUAACGCUAGCUGUCAUUGUUUCCUUGGCCGCCCUUGACAUGUCAGACCGACGAAAGCCAGCGCCGCGGAAGGAAGCGGUCAAGCUGGCUGAUGCAUAG